AUGGGGCUUUCUCAAUGGAGUUCAUCUCCACCGUCCUCUUCUUUUUUCAUGCAUGCUUUUAUCCUUCUCUGGUGGUGUGGCUUGCUAGUCACCUCUGUUGUUGGUGGGAAUAAUGAGACGGACCGGUUGGCAUUGCUUGAGUUCAAAGCCAAGAUCAUUGAUGAUCCUCUCCAGGUUUUGAGCUCUUGGAAUGAUAGCAUCCACUUUUGUCAAUGGCGGGGGGUUACCUGUGGUCGUCGACAUCAGAGGGUCAUUGUGUUGGACCUGCGAACUUCAAAACUGAUAGGCUCCAUAUCACCACAUGUUGGAAAUUUAAGUUCUUUGAAGAAUCUAAUACUCUCAAACAACAGCUUUCAUAAUGAAAUUCCUUCAGAAAUUGACCGUUUACGCAGAUUGCAAUUCCUACUAAUGUCCAAUAACACAUAUAUUGGCAAAAUUCCAAGAAAUUUAUCCCAUUGCACCAACCUCAAAAUCAUUGAUUUCGGUCGCAACCUUUUGGAUGGGGAAAUCCCUACAACUCUUGGCACUUUGUCAAAACUUCGACUCAUUAAUUUUGAUUUUAAUGAUUUGACAGGAAGUAUCCCACCUUCUUUCGGCAACUUAUCCUCUCUAAAAGUGUUUGGUACAGCUUAUAAUAACUUGGGUGGGAGUGUCCCUACUUCUUUUGGCCAAUUGAUGAAACUUACAUUUUUUGGUGUCGGUGUAAAUAGGUUGUCUAGAAGAAUUCCUCCCUCAAUCUUCAAUUUGUCUUCGUUAAAAGUGUUUGUUGUAGGACUCAACCAAAUCCAAGGGCAUCUUCCAUCAGACAUAGGUAUCACUCUACCAAAUAUCGAAAAAAUUAGCAUUUCCUCUAAUCAAUUUACUGGACCUAUCCCUAUUUCAAUAUCUAAAGCCUCAAAUAUAAAGCUUCUUGAACUUGACGAAAAUAAACUAAGAGGAAGAGUUCCUUCUUUGGAGAAGUUAUAUAGAGUUUCAAUGUUUGUCAUUGCUUUUAACGAGCUUGGAAAUGGAGGGGCAAAUGACUUGAUUUUUCUUUGUUCUUUGACAAAUUCUACAUAUCUAACCUAUUUAGUGAUAAACAUGAAUAACUUUGGGGGAGAGUUGCCCAAGUGCAUUGUCAAUUUCUCAACUACUCUCACCUUCUUGUAUUUAGAUAAUAAUAAAAUAUCUGGGAACAUUCCUCUUGGGAUAGGAAAUCUGAUCAAUUUGGAGGAUCUACGGAUGUGGAACAAUAAAUUAUCAGGAAAUAUUCCUUCUGAAAUUGGAAAACUUCGAAAGUUACAAAUCUUUGGAUCUGUGUAUAGAGGAAUUUUUGAUCAAGAUUGUUGUAAAGUUGCUAUCAAGGUACUCAACCUUUUGCACCAUGGAGCUUCCAAAAGUUUUAUUGCUAAAUGUGAGGCUUUGCGAAAUAUUAGACAUCGGAAUCUAGUGAAGGUACUCAUAGCAUGUUCAGGUGUUGACUAUCAAGGUCAUGAUUUCAAAGCAUUGGUAUACGAGUUCAUGACUAAUGACAACCUAGAUGGGUGGUUGCAUCUAGUUUCAAGAAGAAAUGAGGUUCCUAAGAAAAAAAAUGAUUUGAAUCUUCUUCAACGAUUGAAUAUUGCUAUUAAUAUUGCACAUGCAUUGGAAUAUCUUCAUCAUCAUUGCCAUACACCAAUUGUUCAUUGUGACCUCAAACCUAGCAAUGUUCUUCUCAAUGACGAAAUGAUUGGACAUGUUGGUGACUUUGGCUUGGCAAGGUUCCUUCAGGAGGCUACCCAAGAGUGUUUCACUAAUCAAUCAAGCUCUAUCGGAUUAAGAGGAACAAUUGGUUAUGCUACUCCAGAAUAUGGUAUGGGAAACGAGGUGUCAAUUUAUGGUGAUGUCUACAGUUAUGGCAUACUAUUAUUGGAGAUGUUCAUAGGAAAAAGGCCCACUGAUAACAUUUUCAAAGACAACUUGAACCUUCAUGAUUUCGUUACAAGAGCUAUGCCUGAACAAGUACAGAGGGCCAAUGAUCCUAUUGGAAGUUGCCAUAAUGACUUGAUGAGGUUUUGA